AUGCCCCGAGCCAUAGCUUCCGUCGAUGGAACUGUCCUCGCCGAGACUGACACCUGGGAAACCGUCGAAGGAAAUGUAUACUUCCCUCCAUCAGCCAUCAAGAAUAAAUCUCUCUUCACUUCCACGGACUUGUCCACGCAUUGCCCCUGGAAGGGAGAUGCUUCGUACUACACAGUGACCAUCGGAGACAAAACUCUCCCAAAUGUGGCGUGGUACUAUCCCCAGCCGUUUGACGCAGCAAAGAAUAUCAAGGACUACGUGGCUUUCUACAAGAACAAGGUCAACAUCGACGUGGAAUAG